AUGGCGCUUCUGGAGACGAUCGAAAUACCUCACCUUCCUCCGUCACUACCAGUUCACGUGGCGCUGUAUCGAAAUGUCGAAAACGCCGACUAUCUGAAGCAGCAAUUGCUUGCCGGCAAUUCGGAGUUUGAAUAUGCCUUAAUUGAUGCUAGCAUGGUUUUAUCACGAGCCCACGCGAUCACUGCAAUUUUUCGAGCUAUCAAUGAUUACAUGAACAGCCGGCUUAAGUCCCGCAAUGUGCACUCCGAGAUUGUGUUCUCAUUUAGCUCUACGAACAAUAUUGCGGAUUCUUUCCGUAAAUUCGGCAUUGCCGACUCCACUAAAGAUCUGCUGGUCGUCAAAGUCUCCGUGGUCCCGGAGAUAACCCACGACUCCGUGGCGGCGCACCUGGAAGCAUCUGUCAAGGGGACCCCCGUUCCAUUCAAUGACGAGACAUUAUCACAAGUCUCUGACAUCGGAAAGAUCAAGAAAUUCUACAAGCUCGGUGCCUUGCCCGAUCCCAAGCCUAUCUCCACUGGGGCUAAUGGUGUCCACGCCAAUGAUGCCAAAAGUCGUUUGGAACUCUCGUUGCUGGGUGCUAUUGCCUUAAGGGGAUCAUGA